AUGAAUAUGAUGGGGGCCUCCUCAACCGUUUCGAACAUCUUGUACAGUUAUUUUAAUAUUAAAAGGAGCAAACUGAUUUGGACUGGAUCGCUCGAAACUCUGAAAGCGUUUGUCCUCACAGCGAUUGACGAAGAAACUGCCGAAACAACUACAUGGCGCUCGCCCAGUGGCGGUAAAUGGCUAUUUGACAGCAAGUUGUUAUCAGUUACUUGGCUAACAAAAAGCCAGAAUAUUUAUUUCGACGGUGAGAAGGGCAGUGACUUGAUGGAACGAAUACAUUCAUUUUUAAAGCAAGACCCGGACAAUGCUUCAGAAAUCGCUAAUCCUGCUGAACUUGAUCUAGAACGGUCGAUUGAAAGUUUGCUAGCUGACGAUUCUGACGAUGUCACAGAUGAUACUUUUGAAGAAUCGUUCAGUGAUCAAUGUGAUAUUGCAAAGGAAUUGAAAAACCAAGAGGAAAAACAAGGCAGUAUAGAUUCCGAAACCAGUACAAAGCACGAUGAAUCGAACACGAAGUCAAAAAAUUUGCAUGAAGAGUCCAUUGGUCUAUAUACGGUGACAAAGUCUGGCAAUCUGCAAACAAAAUCAACAAAUAGGCAUAAUCCCUUGGGAAGUAGUGCCAGCUGUAAUCGUGACUCCGCUGAGAUUAGUCGACUGAAUUCGAAACUUGACAGAUUUUCUGAAAACGUGACAAACAAAUUACAAAAUCUCAGCGUUGAGAUAAACAACAUUAAAGAGAACAAACCCUACUCUAUUUUGGUUUUAGAAAACGUAGUCAAUGAUCUAAAGGAAGAUAAGCUUGUGCUAAUUAGAAAGAACGACGAACUCAGAGAACAAAACAUGGAUAUGUCUCAUAUUAUAUCUGAAUUGAAAAUGGCAAACAAGAAUCUGGAAAGCGAAAAGAGCAGCCUGUUGACAGCUCUUAAAUUAAUACAAAAUGACCACCAACAAACGUGCACGAAAACAAUUGUGGAAAAUGACGGCGAGAAUAAUGUGGAAUUGGUUUGCGAAACAAUAGAGGGAAGUGAAGUCACUCAACCAAAACCUUCAUCUAAUCAGCCCGCAAACGAUAAGCAUCUUAACACCGAAGCUA